AUGGGAAAGUCUACUUGCAUUGCUGCAGCAUCGGGCAUAAAGAGAGGUCCAUGGACUCCUGAAGAAGACAGAAAGCUCUUAGCUUUCAUUCAACUGCAUGGCCAUGGAAGCUGGAGCUCCUUGCCCCAAAAAGCUGGUUUGAAAAGAUACGGGAAGAGCUGUAGGCUAAGGUGGAGAAACUACCUAAGGCCUGAUAUUAAGAGGGGAAAUUUCAGUUUGCACGAAGACCAAACCAUCAUUCAACUCCAUGCACUUCUAGGCAACAGGUGGUCGGCUAUAGCUGCGCACUUACCAAAGAGGACAGACAAUGAGAUCAAGAAUUACUGGAACACACAUCUCAAGAAACGACUGGCCAAGAUAGGGUUUGACCCUGUCACCCACAAGCCCAAGACUGCCAUUCUUGGCUCUGCCAAUGGUGACCCCAAGAAGUUGUCAAAUCUCAGCCACAUUGCUCAGUGGGAAAGUGCCAGGGUCCAAGCAGAAGCCAGGUUAUCCAAAGAGUCCAAACUACACAAAUCAUCAGCUCACCAGCUACCUCACGAUCCAACGGCGGCGUCGCUUAUUCAUGAUCAUCUUCACCAUCAGUUUGCACCACUCGUUCCACAAUGCCUUGACAUUCUAAGGGCAUCAGCUUGGGAAAGCCUGAUAUCAAUGUCGACAAAGUCAUCAAGCUCAGCUGCUGAUGCACCAAUCAAUCACAUCAACGGCCUAGAUCACGUUUCCUUUGGUUAUCAUCAUGAUGUUCACGAGCGUGGCGUUAAUAUCAUAAGUAAUUUUGAGGGUCCAACAUUGGAUCAUCAGUUCUCAAGCAUGAUGGAAUGUGAUGAUUCACGGGCCAUGUUAUCAAUGACGACUGGGUCGCUGGGUUUGAAUGAGCUUAUAGGCCAAUAUUGUGGGAACGAAUGCAGUGAAUUAUUCGAGGCAUUCCAGCAAUAUAUGGGGUUUGAAGUUGAGGUCGGGGAUGCUUGGACUAGUUUGGAACAAUUAUUGUGA